CAUACGAAAUCUUUCCUCCAGCGAAAAACCUCUUCAGUCUUGGAGCCAUCGAACGACCUCCGUCAUCCACUCAAUCUCGUCCCUUGGAUUCUCAUCCGACGGCUUCUGUAAGCCGCCGUAUGGUUUCCAGCGUUUUUUUCUUAAAACCCUAGAUAGUUCGUACGUAGAACCCAGCACCAACAGCCUCUGUGACGCUCCCUCAAGAACUAUGUGGACGGUGAAUCCCUCUCAACUAACCGUUUCGCCCAAUGGAAGAUACAUGUUGAAGGAACGGAUAAUCGAAAUCGUCGUCAGAUUGUGAUGUCUCCGUCCGCCUUGAGAAAUGAAUUCUCAGUGGUCGGUUUUUGAUGCUUUAAUGGCGGGCUUUCAUGGGUAGUGCGUUGUCUUGUUGAUUUUGUUUCUUUUUUUCGUGUACGGGAUGGGAGGAGGGUGACAGAGUCUGAGAAAGGUUGAAUCUUGGGUCGAUGGUUUGGUUUUACGGGCAUCAGGGGAGUCUGUGCUGAGGCAUCUGAAUCGGUGUUCGAGAAGGUUUGCAGAGAGUUUUGUUUCUUCUAGCGUAUUUCCCCCAUGCCUUCCGUUGGUAUGAGGAGGUCGACUAGGGUUUUUGUGCCGAAAUCGAUCGGGAAGGAUGAUGGGGCUAGGGUUUUACGGUCGGGAAAGCGGUUGUGGUCGGAGCCCGAGAAGCCUAAGCUGGGCAGGGGCUCGGAUGGGGACGAGUGGUUUCGGUUGCUGGAUAAUUCUGGCCACGGAGACGAUGUUUCAUGCUGCAAGGACAAUGACAGGCAUGAGGUUGAUCGGAACAGAGAAGUGCCCGUAAUGGAGUUGGGAGGUGAAAUGGGGUCUCCGGAAACUUCGGAUGCAAUUCCUGGAGCUUCGAUGGCUGAUGACAGUGUAGAUAGGUUGUACGGCGUUGUUUACCAUCGAAAGCGCCGGAGAUUGGAUAUUGACAGGGCAGAGAAGCUUUCCGACGAUCGAAUGUAUGGCAUUUCGUUUGUCCGGAAACAACGAAGAGACGUACUUCCGGUGUUGUCAACUGAUUCAUCGAGAGUUUCAGAUGGUGCUGCGGAGUAUCUUCUGGCGGGAAAACCAGCUCCACAGGGGCAUUUGGAGCAACACGCGUUUUUCGAUGGUUUCCUCCGCCAAGGGUUGCUUUUGAUCGUUGUUGAAUCCUCUUGCAGCAAUUCUCAACGUCUUGCGUGUUUUCUGUACUCUGUUCUUAGCUACAUGGCGCGGGCCAGGCUGAGACUGUCGAAGUUUGCUGCAUUUACGUGUUUAAACCCGAUCGCCCGAGUUUUUUCUCGUCAAGGCAUCUAUUUCUUGCAUGAUCAUUAUUGUAACAAAGGAUGGAAAAAUGAUCUGUCAUCGUUUGGGUUGUGCAAGAUUUUUGGGGCUCAACAGUUUAUACCUCUGUUUUCUGUUGAUUUUUCUGCGAUUCCGCUCUCUUUUAUGUGUUUGCAUUCCACUAUGCUUCUUAGGUCUGCUUAUUGUCCUCGUGUUCAUCUUCAAUAUCUGAUGCAUUUCUGCACAAACCCUCCUAGAUUUAAUAAAGAUCAACAGUCUCCUUCAUAUGUUCCUACUGAGGUAGAUAAUUAUAUAAGCAAAAUUGUGGCUUCUGGAAAUAAUUCUGUUCAGAGGAUUGGGGCUGGUCAAAUUUCUAGAACUACUGGAUUAGUUGGCCGGGUUGUAUCCGGUAGACACAGGGUGCAUUCCCGUGGUGUUCACAAGAGAAGGAAUAAUCUCAGGGGAAGACCUAAAAGUCCACCAGUUGACUUGCACAAGUCUUCUAGUUACAGAGGUGCAAAUUUUCGUACAGUUAGGGAUGGUUGCACUUCUUUAUUGUCUCCCAUAUGCAAUCGCAAGCGGAGGAAGCCUUUGGGAGAAAAUAUGAAGGAACUGAAGUCUACCUUAGAAGAAAUUAGGCAGAACAUGGAUUCAAUGGUCUGCAGUGCCAAUAUCUUGGUUAUUGAAUCACACAAAUGUUAUCGACAUGAAGGGGCAAAGGUUACAUUAGAGUGUUCAGCACCAAACAAAUGGUUUUUAGUUGGGCGCACAAAAGGAUCCUUGAGAUUUUUGCAUAAAGCACAGAAAGUGAUGAAACCCAGCACAUCCAAUCGUUUCACCCAGGCUAUUAUAUGGGCAGGGGAAAAUGGUUGGAAACUAGAGUUUUCUGAUAGAAGAGAUUGGUUUAUAUUUAAAGAGCUUUAUAGAGAAUGUUAUGAUCGGAAUGUGCAAGCUGCCUCUGUGAAGACUAUCCCUGUGCCUGGGGUACGUGAAGUACAAGGAUACGAGGACAUCAAAUAUAUUCCAUUUAUUCGAGGUGAUACUUAUGUCAUGACAAAUGACCUUGAAGUAAAUAGAGCUUUAACAAAAAUGACUCCAAAUUAUGACAUUGAAUCUGAUGAUGAGGAAUGGCUAAACAAGCUUAACAAUGAGUGUUGUGAUGGAGAGGAUGGUAGGGCUGACUGUAUCUCAAUAGAGAACUUUGAGAAAAUAAUUGAUGUGUUUGAGAAAGCUGCAUAUUGUAGUCCAGAUGAUAUCUCAGAUGAGAAUAAAAAUAUUGACCUCUGUUUAACUUUGGGGAGGAGGGAAAUGUUGGCAAAAGUUUAUGAGUACUGGCUCAAAAAGAGGAAGCAGAGACGUUCAGCUCUGGUUAGGGUUUUUCAGUUUCAACCACCGAGGAGAGCUCAAGUGGUGCCAAAGCCCUUUAUCCGCAAGAAAAGAUCGUUCAAACGACAAACAAGUAAAUUUGGUCGAGGAAAACAGCCAAGUUACUUACAAGCCUUAGCAGCGGAGCAGGAUACGAAGGCAGCCAAGCAUAAGCUCCAGGAAGCUGAAGCAUCUGCAAGCAGGUCCAUGGAGGUGGCAAUAUCUAAACGCCAAAGAGCACAGAAGCUCAUGGAGAUUGCUGAAGCGGCUGUAUAUAAAGCAACUCUUGCUCUCAGGAUAGCCGAAACGGCUAGCAUAACAGAAUCCCAGGAUGUUGCCGUGUCAUCUUUUCUGUGUUGAACAAUAAUCUCAAUUCACAGAUGUAUUUUGACUCAAGAAUUCUUGUAAUUUUGUAUAUAAGAUAUGUAAUUUAUGUGACAAGAAACUUGUAAAACAUGAAUUUUUGGUGUUUGCGCAAAAGGAAAAGAAAUACAGCGAAUUGAAGCCUUUUGAAGGUCA